UCCAAUGUCCGAUGCUCUUGAGAGAAGAGAAAUUGAUCUUAAUAAUAAUCUGAGCUGUGACUAUGAUUGCUUACCAAUUAGUAUUGAGAAAGAAAAUAAAGAUGGAGCUUUACUCAGCCGAACAAUAGACCUUGAGAUCGGCUUGGAGGAUAAUCUCAAUAAUCAAAUAGCUAGCGUUCCAUCACCUAAAAUUUAUCCAGGCCUUGCACAAGAAGUGCUUACAACUAAAAGAGGCAGUGAAGGUAAUGCAGUUUCUUAUGAUGAGCUUGCUAGCAAUCUCAAAUGCAUGGAUGAGAGUUCUGCUGAGAUUUGUAAAGGAGGAACACCUUUUGCAGAUAACCAAUGCCAGAAAGAAUUAAUAAGAGCUUCUACAAUUUUGGGAGAAGGAACAAAAGUAAUGGAGACAGACAAUAUAUAUGAUCAAAUAACUGGAAAUCCUCCUCUUGAAUCAGCUGCCUGUAAUCAUGCUGUGCCUGCAGGAAGUAUGGACAAUAUGGUUGAAAAUGAUUUUGACGAUCAUCAUUUAGAAAAGUCCACUGGUUUGUCUCGUAGGAGACCUCGGAAGGUGCGCUUGAUGUCUGACUUAUUAAGUGAAAAUGGUGAAUUGAAGACCGAGCAAAUCACUAUACCAGAAUCCUCAUCCCAUGGUACUUCCAAUGCUUCUGCAGCUUCACAGGCACAUUUAAUUUUCCCAGGAAAGGUGGAUAUUCAAGGAGAUUCUACAUUGACAAAUGGAGGUCAGAGUAGAAAAAGGAAGUUUCUUCUGGAUGAAGUAAGGAGACCUGCAAAUAUGCUUUUUCAGAGGGUUGAAACUGAAGUUCAUGACUUGGAGGGAGAUGCAAAAACAACUGAUACUGUUUUUGCUACUAGAUCCAAUUCCAAAGAUAUACUAGCAGGAACAGGUUUACAAGAUGUUGCAAAGGUCCACUGUAGUAAACCUGAAACUGAAACAAGCCAUAUCAUGGGUAAGAAGAAGAACAAAAAGAUUAAAGUUGUAGAUAAUUACUUGAUUCCUGAGCCACAACAAGGACAGCAAAUUGAAAACAAGGACACUAUGGAUACUGCAGACAAGGCAUAUGCAUCUGAAUCUCUUUCUUCUAGAUUAACUCCUUCUACCUUGAAAGGGAUGGAUACUUUUCCUUUCCAUGCCCUCAGAAUAGAAAAUGAGUCCAAUCUGUCCAAAGAAAAGGGGAAAAUGCUGCAAACCGAUGGGGAGCUUGUUUCUUUAUCCUGCCAGAAAAAUGACAGACUUGUAGAAGACUCUUUUGCAUAUUCAGGGGAAAAAAUCAGGUCAAGUAUGCAUGUAGCCGCUCCAAUUCCUUCAGCCCAAGAGCUACUAAGUGAAAAAGGACCAGAAGAGGGACUGCAUCUUUCUCUAAACAGUUAUUUGGCAGUACAUGAUUACAACAAAAAAUGCAUCCAUAAAAUUGAAAAUCGCCUACCUUUCUCAUUUCCUUUACAGGAGGGCACUUCAAAAGUACCUCAGCUUAAUAGGAGAGGCAAUGAAACCAAUGUUUUUCGAGGGCCAAGCAUUCCGUCCAAGCACACAACAAAUGCUAUUUCUGGAAAAGGUGAUCAUUGCGAAGAAAUUACUGGUGCAAGAGACACAGAAAAAACUGUUGAAGCUGGGGAACAACUUGGUAUAAUGAAAAGAUACAGUGAACAAACAGCGGAGGUGUCUGAGCAGGGAACACUAGAUGAUAUACCCAUGGAAAUUGUGGAACUCUUGGCAAAGAAUCAGUACGAGAGGUGUCUUCCUGAUGUAGAAAAUAGAAGCACCAUGUUGGAAAAAUCCACUAUAAGAAGGAAAGCACAGAUGACAGCUGGCCCUACUGUAUACGGAAAAGGGGAUAUAAGCUUGUUAAAAGAGUGCCAGAAGGUGAAACCUCAGGGAAGACAUAAGAAAGAUAACACAGCCACAAGAGGAGAGAAUAUGAAGCCUAGUAAAAGAAAGCCUGUUCAUUACUUUUCUCCAAACAACUUGGGCAUGAAUAAUCCGUGCCCACCUCAAUCCCCCUUUGGUUUUGAAGUUUCCCAGUCCCAAAAGAAGCCAGCAAAUGGAUUCCAUUUUUCACAUAUGGGUUCUAGCCAGCAUGGUAGUGCUCGAAAUUUCAAGUAUAAUGGGAGUCUCGAAGGUGGAUCCUCUAAUGCUACUUUGCAAGCCCGGGGAGGAUGUAGCUUGCAUAAGAAUAUCUUACAACAGGAUGAUGAAGCUUCUCGCAUUUGGGCAUCCUUGACUCCAAAUCAUGGUUCCCUAGGACUUGAUUUGCCCAAGAAGGUUGUUUCUCAGGCUACUAGUAGUAACAUGGACAUAACUUCACUCCGAUCUGGUGCACUUCAUAAGCCGAACAUGAAGAGGAAUAUUGAUCUUAACUACAUUAAUCUGAAUGCUGCUGGCCUAGAAAAGCUUAGUAGGAACACAGGUCCUGGAACCUUCAACAGGAUGAAUGGAGAAUAUUCAUUUCCUUGCAAGCAUAAUGGGAUGGAGUCUCAUCAAAAUUUGAGGGGAUCUCUGGAUUUGUACUCUAACGAGACAAUACCAGCCAUGCAUUUACUCAGCCUUAUGGAUGCAGGCAUGCAGUCACGUACACCAUUCAAUGUGGGUGUCAGUGCUCAAAUGCUUAAAAGACCCUCUUAUCCUGGUGAUUGCAAUACUAAGUUAGAGAUUGGUACAUCUAAGGCCCAUGGUACCCAGAAAAGGCAACCAUCUGAUUAUUACAGCAGAAGUUACUUAUCAGAUAAACCACAUGGCUGUUUUAUUGGCUCUCCAACCUUUGGUGCAUCUCCAUCAACCCAGCAUGAUAAGAAAUUUGCAAGAGCUACUGGUUUCAAUGGUCAAAAUUCAACAAAGUCAGCAAAGAAAGAAAAGACGAAGACCUCCAACUCAGCCCUGCAGAAUAGAGUUAGUACGCAGUUUAGCUGGCCUCCUCUUGAAACAGAAACGCCACUGCAACAGAAAUUGGAAGUUCAUGGUACUCAUGAAACCUCAGUGCCGUUUAAAAUCAACUCUGGAAACUCAUGUGUGGUGAACAGAAAUCCAGCUGAUUUCAUAAUGCUGGGAACAGAGAAUGUCUAUAUGAUCAGAGGAGAAGAUCUGAAAUUUGAGAAGAGUAUUCCCAAAAACAGGCCUCGCGGCCCUACUCCACAUGGAUACAAGCAGCAGAGGAAUUUGAAGGGAACUAAAAUGAAAGAACAUUCAAAACAUUGAAACCCUUCAUUUUUCCAUAAUCUGCAGGUGGAGUCUUACAUGCAACCUGAGCAUAGCAAAUGACUUUCAUCUUAAGUGUAGAAGUGCAGAUCUUUGACUUGGAAACUGAAAUUCAUUGACUCGGGGAGGAGUUGGCCAGAUGCCAUGCCAGAAAGCUGAGUGAUAUAAGAUCCGACAUAGAUAAAAGGCCAUCAUGCAUCUAUUUCAUUUACCUGUUGUAAUUAGUUUUGAUGUGAACUAAUAAUAUGUUCUUCGUCUAUUAUGUUGUUGUUGUAAAAUUUAUGGGGAAGCCCUCGCGAUGGCCCCCUAGUUUUAAAGUGUCAGUUUGGUGUCAUAAAGUUUACGGGGAUGCCUCAAAAUAGCCCCGUAUAGACUUGUAAAACUCUGGUUACAAUUCAUACAAGUGACAAAACCAAG